AUGGCGAAGAUGGUGAGAAGAACGUGUGCGUUUUGUUCAGAAGGGGAGGCUGGUUCUGUAAUGUAUAUUGCCAAAGAGCGAAAUAUUGCAGCUCAUCAGGAUUGUCUGUUAUUUUCCUCAGGAUUUGUGGAAUCUGAAGAGUAUAACCCAGAAAAUCUGGAUAUAAGGUUUGAUGUGGCAUCAGUGUUGAAAGAACUCAAGAGAGGAAAGCGGCUGGUUUGCAACUUCUGUCGCAAGAAAGGAGCCACCGUGGGAUGCGAGGAAAGAGCCUGUCGCAGAAGUUAUCACUACUUCUGUGCACUCUGCGAUGAUGCAGCAAUGGAAACAGAUGAAGUAAAUGGAGUCUACCGAGUGUUCUGCCCAAAACAUGACCCAGGCAAUAGGACCAAUCUCUAUGAUGCGCCUAAUAAGAGGAGAAGACAUGCCUUGAAAUCUUCCACCAUCACGAAACAAAUGAGCACAGAAGAGACAGAAGAAGAAAACAGUUUACGUAUACUAAAAAGAAAAAACAGGCAUAAAGUCCGAAUAGACUUUCUCAGGAAAUGCAAGCAAGCCGGGCUUCUGGAUGACAUAUUUGAAGAAAUGCUGGACACGCUUCACCUGGCGCAGGAAAAACUGAUGGAUGACAACACUUCAGAAACAGAGUAUGAAGAGACAGUGAUGUCACUCUUUGACUGUGGGCUGUUUGAAAAUAUACUGACAAAUAUUCAUUCAGGAACAGAGGAAAAAAUCCAGGAACUUCUGGAAAGCAGAAAAAGACUGGAUAACAAGAUCGAGCUACUGCAGGACUUAAAAGAGGUCGUCCUUCCUACCCCGGAGAACACCGCUAGUACGUCUAGUACAGUGUCUGAAUAA